AUGGCAGAGCUCUCAGUGUCUCGCCCAGGCAGUCCGCAGGGACAAAGGGGUUCACCGGAGGGUAGGUCUGGCGGAUGCCAGAGCUCACCUUAUUGGUGGAUCCGCCCCUGGUUCGACCCCGACGACGGCGUCCGCCUCCACAUAUUCGAGAACGCCCCCGUCAAGAACCGGAGCCGCCGGUCGGUGCCCGCGGGCUACAGAUGCAACGCGUUCGGUUUUGCGGCGGCGUCCGCGCCGACCGUGGAGCUCUGCCGGCUGCUGGUGGAAGCUAAGGCGCGGUCGUCGUGCGAGGGGUAA